AUGGCCGGCGCGGCGCCGCCGCCGUACCUCGCAGCGCUGUCGCCGGCGCAGCUCGAGGCCGCGACGGCGCCGCCGUCGAGCCCGCUGCAGAUCCUCGCCGGCCCGGGCUCGGGCAAGACGCGCGUGCUCACGAGCCGCGCCGCGUGGCUCGUGCUCGAGCGCAAGAUGCUCCCCGAGGACGUCGUCGUCAUCACCUUCACGAACAAGGCGGCGGGCGAGAUGCGCGAGCGCCUGCACAAGCUCAUCGGGCCGGACCGGACCAGCCGGCUUGUGCUUGGCACGUUCCACGCCACAAUGGUGCGCUACCUGCGCCGCUUCGGGCGCCUCAUCAACCUGCCCAACAACUUCUCCGUGCUCGACGCCGACGACAGCAAGAAGGCCAUCAAGGAGGCGCUCAAGACGUUCGACGGCGCGCCGAUGGGUAUCACGCUCAAGCCCGAGCAGUGCAUCAACGAGAUUUCGCGCGCCAAGUCGCGCGAGGAGGACGCGCAGGCGUUCGCCACGCGCCUCAGGCGCGAGCAGGCGACAGACGCCAGCAGCGUCGCCGUCAGGCUCGCCGUCGCCGAGGUGUACUUUGAGUACGAGGCGGCGCUGGAGCGCAUGAACGGGCUCGACUUUGACGACCUGCUGCUCAAGGGCUGCGCCCUGCUGCGCCAGCCGGGCGUCGUGAGCAACGUGCUGCACGUGCUCGUCGACGAGUUCCAGGACACCAACACGACGCAGUACACGCUCAUGUCGCUCUUUGCCGCCGCGACGACGUCGAACCUGCUCGCCGCGCCCGGGCUCCUGCCGCCCGGCGGCUGGACGUCCGAGGACACGCAGGCCGUCGGCCUGAGCAUCGUCGGCGACCCCGACCAGUCGAUCUACGCGUGGCGCAACGCCGAGGUGACGAAUCUGGAGAAGAUGUUCGGCAUGUUCUCGGGCACACGGCGCGUCAAGCUGGAGGAGAACUUCCGCAGCACCGGCGCGAUCCUCGAGGCCAGCCUGCGCGUUGUCGAGCAGGACACGGAGCGCGUCGCCAAGGGCCUCUACACGUCGCACCCCGCCGGCGUGCCCGUCGUGCUCAAGGAGAACGCCUCGGCCAGCGCCGAAGCGGCCUUUAUCGCGACCGAAGUCAAGCGGCUGGUUGCGCAUACCGGCGGGCUGCUGGAUUACAACGACUUCGCGGUGCUGCUGCGCUACAACGCCCUCUCGCGCGAGGUCGAACGCAGCCUGCAGCAGGAGCGCAUCCCGAGCCGCAUGCUCGGUGGCUCCAAGUUCUUUGACCGAGUCGAGAUCAAAGACCUGCUCGCCUACCUGACGCUCGCCGAGAACCCCAGCUACACGCCGGCGUUCGUGCGCGUCGUCAACGUGCCCAAGCGUGCCAUCGGCGAAAAGUCCGUGCAGGACCUGCUCGCCAAGGCGGAGGAGCUCGGCGUCGCGCCGAUGACCCUCGCAGAGUCGAUCGUGAGCGGCAGCAAGACGAUCAAGGGCGUCAAGCCCGGCGUGAGCAAGGCGCUCAAGGGCUUUGUGGAGGCGGUGGCGCGUGUGCGGAGCAAAGCCGCCAAGGGCGCGGCCGUGUCGGCGCUGAUCCACGCCGUGGUCAAGUCCGUCGGCUACGAAGCGCACCUGCAGAAGAUUGGCGAAUACGAGUCGCGCUGGGAGAACGUCAAGGAGCUCAUCAACUUUGCCGACCUCGUCGCCGAGAGUGUUGUGUCAGGCGCCGACGAGGACGAGGUGGCGCAGCAGAUCCGGCGCGCGCGCGACGCACUCGAGCUGGACCGGCUUGAUGAGGACGAGGUGGAGGCAGGCGAGGAGGACGAAGACGACGGCAUGGGCCUCAGCGACGACGAGGCGCCGGCUGCGGCGCGUGUCAAGCCGGAGGCCGGCCGAGCGGCGUUCACGAGCGGCGCCGCGCUCAAGCGCAUGGCGGCUGAGCCGGACGAGGCUGAUAACGACGUGGAGCACGUCAGCACGCGCGAAAAGCGUGCGCGCCGCCAGGCCCCGCCUGUGAAGCCCGAGCCCGCCGACGUCAAGCCGCGCAUCCGGGCCGCUCCGCAACUGGGCGCAUCGAAAGACAGCGCCAUCGAGCUGGACCUCACCGACGACGACGACGACGAGGCAGGCUCGUCAAGCGGUGACGACUCGGCCAAGGCGCUGGCGCCGUCGCCCGACGGCCCGCCGAGCGCCCUGCGCACGUUCCUGCAGGCCUGCACGCUGAGCACCGACAUGCAAAACGAGGGCCAGGACGAGGGCCCAAAGGUGACGAUCGCCACGUGCCACGCCGCCAAGGGCCUCGAGUUCGGCGUCGUCUUUGUCGUCGGCGUCGAGGAGGGCAACAUGCCGUUCUACCGCAGCACCGAGCCGGCUGAGAUCGCCGAGGAGCGGCGCCUGCUCUACGUCGCCUGCACGCGCGCCCAGUGCAUGCUCUACCUGACGCACGCGGCCGAGCGCUUCAUCGGCGGUGGCGGACGAGACGCUGCAGAGCGCUCGCUCUCGCGCUUCGUCGCGCCGCUGGCCGAGCGCGGCAAGCACCGUGGCGGCACUGGCCCGCCGGCCGGGGCCAAGGCGUCUGGCGCGGGCGGCAGCAAGAGCAAGGCAAAGGCCGCGUCGAUUCCCUGGAACGGCAGCACGCGGCCGGCCAUCGACGCGGGCAUCUGCCGCGACCUCGCGACGGUCCUCGAGCGGCCGCUGCCGGACGGCCACGAGGAAGCGAUGGUCAAGAUGAAGAAGGACUUCGAGGCGACCACGACGGCCGCGGCGAUCAGGCGCCCAGAGCCAGUCAGCCGCUCGGCCAUGUCGCAGUACGGGUCUGGCUACGGCUCCGGCUACAGCUCGCACGGCUCGCAGGAGUACAGCGGCGACGGCGGCUUCGGCGGCUUCGGCGGCUCCGGAGGGUAUCGGCAGAACAGCGCAGGCAGCAGCAGUGCUGGCGGCUACCAGGGCUACCAGCGCUAUCAGAGCUACAGCACGUACAGCGCCGCGGGCCGCUCGACCGGCGCCUCGAGCGGCGGCCAGGUGUACGACGUCAAGCGCAGCAAGCCGAGCUUCAACCCGCCGGGCUUCUCUUCCGCGGCGCGCCUGCGUGCCGCGCCGAGCAGCACAGGCCGCGAGCUGCUGGAGGAGGCCGGCCUUGGCUCCGACGGCGGCAUCGUGGUGGAAGGCGACGCGCCGCUCAAGCCGCGGCCGAAGGCUGAUCUGGCGAGCUUCGAGUCUGCCAACUCGGCCUCGCUUUCCAGCUUCAUGGACCUCCUGCCGCCGGCUGCCGGGCCGAGCGCCACCAGCAGCACGCCGCAGAUUCGCAAUCCCGCGACUUCUGGCGGCCGCAGGCUCGGCACCGGCCGCCCGCGCCCAGCUGGCGCACCCGGCGCCAAGCGUGCGGCACCCUGAUCGAAACGAGCACGACGAACAUCAACGCGCCCCUGCAUUUCACGUGUAUAAUAGGCAAUAGAAUCGACAACGACGACGAGCAGGCGGC